UGUGCGUCAUAAGUUUCAAUUGUAUAUAUCACUCAAUAUUAGUAAUGGCAAUGAUAAGGGGUUUGUUUAUAAACUGCCAUCUUAUUACUGAUAGCUUUGUUGCAAAAGUGUGGAAAAGUAAACAUACAAACCUCAACAUACGCUAAUUUGCAGAACUAUUUUAAAAGAACAGUAAAACCUAGAUGGAAUGUUAAUAUUACUGCUGUGAAGAGAUUGUAUAGCUGCAACAAUCUAAUCUCAUCUAACCUGCCUUGUUUUAAAUUUAGGGUAAUUGCUAGUGCUGCAGCUAAACGCAGUAACAUUGUAGGUUAUUCUGAGAAGAGAAUGUUUAAUACGAAAAUUCAGCGGGUUACGUUUAACUCGCUGUCCAACUUUGGAGACAUCCUUGGUCCAAGUGUGAUUCCCACUAGGCCUAAUGGACUACUUUUUUCUACACAAACUCCAGGAACAAGCUUAACUAAGGAAAAUUUAUCUCCCGAAGACUUACAGAAAUCCAUAGAUCACUUAGCUGAAGAAUUUGCAGAAACCUUAGCUUUACUAGAUGAUGCUAGAACAUCACUGGGAACAGUAUAUAUCACUGAAGAUAUGAAAGAUGCUGAAGCUAAGGUAAAUAAAACACUGGAAGAGUUCCAGAAUCUCUUGAAUAGAUUAAACAAGACGCAGCGAACAGAGGUGAAUCGAUCUUUGGGAUUGAAGAUGCAUGAACUCAAAGCUCAGUUGGAAAUGCUGAAAGAAAUGUGUUUAGAAUAAUCUGGAAGUGAAGAAUAAAAUGGUCAAAUUCAUUUAGCUUAAAAGUUUGUCCUGUUAUUAAGUUGUCAAUUCUAAAUUAAUUUGACCUGUACUUGUGUUAAGUUUUUCAUAUUUAAUAACUUUCCAAAUAUAUUUGUUAUUUAUGUGGAAAGUUACAUCAAGACUAUGUUCAUAACAAAAGCCAAGGGAAUUUGGAAGCUAUUAAGUGAAAAAGUAUGAUACAUAUAGUUUUUGUUAUUUACACAUAUUAAUGAGAUAAUACUUGAUUAUAUCUGAUGCCAACUACAUUAUAAAUCAUUUGAUGAGAUUUGCUAUUGUAUGGUAAUAUACUAAAUGUAUGUGUGUCAAACACUUCUUUCUCUGUGUACUUGUAUAUAAAUAUACCUAACAUUUUCCGGUGUUUUUCUUCACAAAUGUUUGAUAUUUAAUAAUUAAAAUAGAUAAAAUACAACAGAAUUCCGAUGGUUGUAAUAAAACUUUCUAUCUAAAACAACUUACCCAAUAAUAUAAUUUUCUUAUACACUGAGAACUUUUCUCCUGAAUAUGUGUACAUUGCUGUUUUAGAAGUUGGCACAUAUGUAUUAAAAUUGAGGCUACAGUAUCCAUUACUGUAUUUGAUAUGUAAUUUUGGCAUGUAAUGAUUAAUAGACAGUGACUAACAAAUGAUUCUAGUUUUACAUAACAAUAUCAUACUUUUUAUGUUAAUAUUUUUCUUCAUGGGUUUGAAAUACCCAACUAAUACUGUUGUAGUACAGAGUUUUAUGAGGAUAAUUUAAAGUGUCGAUAAGUUUCAACUUAUUAAAAGUACAUAUAUAUAAUAAAAAAAUUAGAACAUUUGUGAUCCUCUGAAUGUGUUCUUUUGUUGUAUUGCUUGACUUUCACUUUGGGUUGAAGUUAAAAAUUACAGUAUUAUUAUUUUACAUAAACUUAGAAUGGAGAAAAUUUAAUAAAAUAAAUGUGUUUCAUCUAAUUAAAAUACUAAAUGUCUUAUCACAGUGGCAUUGUAAAUUAUUAUUUUCUUAAAAUCUUGUUAAAAGAAUACAAAAUAACAAGUUUUUUAAGAGAAAGCUGAUUAUGUAUUUCAAUACCAGAUGCUUCUUUAUAAAGAUAAAAUCAUCUCUGAAUGUCUACUAUAAUCUUAGAAACCUAUGUAACUCAAAGUAUUGUCUUAGUCUACACUUGGUUUGUUCCUUUUGUUUGAGUGAAGCUCUUCAUGGAUUGUCAGGUCCAAUAAUUUUAGUACCCAGCCAACAUCUAUUAAUUUUUAAUACAGUCAGAAAAUAAUGUUAAAUUCUAUUGUUAAAAUAUGGAAUCAAUGCUGUUAACUUAAGCUUGUUAUAUAAUAUUAUAAUACAUGUUGGAACUUGUAUUUGGUAAAUAAUGCAGUAUUUUAGUGUUAAAAACACAGUAAGUAUAUAUAAACAUGAUAUGGUUGUAUUCCUAAAGAUAUUUUACAAGUAUGUUGAAAUUGGUCAGUUUUAAUGGUACCUAGCUAUUUCAUGGUAAAAGUGAUCAUCUAC